AGAGGGGAAGUGCUUGAAAGAAUUCAGAUCAUCGAACGGGAACUGAAAGCCGUGGCACAAUAUUCCUUCUUCUGUUGCAUGGGAGAAUAAGGUUUUUUUUCCCCCGUUCCAGAUACUGGGCAAAAUGUUUUUGGUGGGAUUGACAGGUGGCAUUGCAUCAGGGAAAAGUACAGUAGUAACUCUGUUGCAGGAGCUGGGUUGUGCUAUUAUUGAUGCUGAUGUUAUAGCUCGUCAAGUGGUCCAGCCAUACUUCCAGGCAUAUCGACGUAUUGUGCAUUCCUUCGGUCCAGAAAUUCUUUUGGAGAGUGGUGAGAUCAACCGUGAAGCUUUAGGAAAUAUAAUUUUUUCCCAACCAGAAAAACGUCAACUGCUAAACUCCAUCACUCAUCCUGAGAUCCAGAAGGAAAUGUUAAAACAGAUCUUGAAAUACUUUGUCUUGGGCUAUCGAUAUGUGAUUCUGGAUAUCCCCCUCCUCUUUGAGAGCAAAAUGCUGACCAGAUUCAUGAAGCACACAGUUGUUGUGUAUUGUGACCCACAAGUCCAGCUGUCUCGCUUGAUGCACAGGAAUGGGCUGACUCAGACAGAGGCAGAAGUACGCAUUUUUGCCCAGAUGCCCCUUGCUCAGAAGGUCAAGUUGGCUGACCAUGUCAUUGAUAACUCAGGAGAUGCUGAGGCCACCAAGAAGCAGGUCCUGAAAUUACAUGCAGAAUUGGAGAACUCCUUGGAGUUCCUUAUGAUGCGCUUAUUGGGUGUAGCAGCAACAGCGGGAGUUGGAGGCCUUGUGUAUUUGCUAGUACAGCAACUUAUGCGAUAGAUUGUUCUAUCACUAUCAAAGAGGACAUAAGAAAUCUAGACUCUUAAUUUAGAUUGCAUUUAUGCAUAACAGAUUGAUUAUGCUUGCAUAAAAGAUUGAUUAUGGGACAAGAAGGGAUUUUAGUGGGGAUUUGGAUUAGUAAGUGGACUGCUGAAUUAGGGUGGUGAUUAAGGGGCUACAUGAAUUUAAUAAGCAAAGAAUCAAAGUGCCGUUCUCAUAUUAGUUUUUGGUAUGAGAAUAACUACAAGUUUCUUUUUUA